AUGUCGAGAACUCCAACAUUUUGGCUGCCUAGACAUCUGAUUCCAUUGUCUCCUGCUUCAUCUGGCUCUAGCUCAGGCAUCCCUGUAAUAUCUCCACUCUUGCCAUUGGCUUCUACUUUCAGGACAUUUGCCCUGCUGAAUCAACGUGGUAAUACGCAUCCUGCAAUAUGGCAUAGAACAUCCACCCCACUAAGCUCUUCAAUACGCUCAUGGCAAUCUAAUGUACGACAUACCAUACGAUGCAAUGUAUCUAGCUCAAAAUCAACUGAAACAUCCUCAAACACGUCUGGAAAACCAACCCCAUCAUCAUCCAAUAAUACAACCACACCCGCAACAAAUAAUACACAGGUACCGCUCAUAACACCCAGCAAAUGGUGGGGUCAAGCACAGCAGGAAACUACAAACUAUGUCCAGUACUUGUAUCAUUCAACUACACCAAACAUGCCACAUAUCCCAUCUCGUCGUGAAAUCAUUGCUAGUGUGCAGGGCUUUUGGACUCGUCAAUACCUGCGUGUUAGGCUCUUCUUGACUGGUCACCUAAGGCCGUGGAAGACGGAUGAUUUUUUGGCAGUCUUUUCGUGGAUGUUGGUUGGGAAUGUCUUGUGGGUCCUAAUAGGAACUACGGGCUUUGUAUCUAUAGUGCUGCUCAUUGCUAAUAGUGUACAGGGUCAAGAAUGGCUAGCACGCAAGCUGUCUCACUUCUUGGCUGCCGAAACUGGGAUGCUGAUUACCUUUGAAUCUGCCAUAGUCCCUCGAUGGAAGGAUGGUACCAUUCGACUCAAAAAUGUAAAUUUAAAACUCGACGGUGACACAUAUCGGGACCUCAUAAACGCUAAACGUAAACAAAACCGUCAACCUCCUAUAACACAAGAAGAUGCCGAUAUGGAUCUCAACUGGACGUAUUGGGAUGUAAAUAUUCAGUACGCUGAUGUAUCAUUAUCGCUAUGGAGAUACUUGGACGGUAAAGGUAUAAUCAAAGAUGCCUCUAUAAGGGGUGUUCGAGGAACUAUCCAUCGUGAGCACAUCCAUUUCGAUCCCAACUGGGUACCUACUCGUCGACAAGCAUCCAUUGGUGAUCUAGAUAUUGAAAAGUUUCAGCUGGAAGAUGUGCUAUUGGAAAUCCGUAACCCUGGAUUCAGACCGUAUAAUCUAUCGAUAUAUCAUGCCGAUGCUCCCAAACUCCGAUUUCAAUGGUUGUUGUACGAUAUAUUGGGUGCUAAUUCCGUCGUGGGCAUGUUUGAUGGUUGUUUGUUUAGUGUACACAAACCUCAAACUCGGGAAGGUGAACAGGAUGAUGAAGAUGGAAGAGAGACCAGGUCAGGAUGGGCAAAGAUGUCUCACUUCAAAAUCAAUGGUGUACCUAUAGCUCACAUGAAUCAAGGUGCCGAAGGUCCUUUCGGUUGGAUUACAGGCGGCACUCUUGACAUGGAUGUCCACAUCCUAAUCCCUCAAGUAUCAGAUCACACUGUCCUAGCUCUCCUUAAAGAUGAAAUCCAGGAAUUAAGACAUCGGGCUCUCGAAUUGGGUGAUAAAGCCUUCUCACGUAUUGAAGGUGUAAUCCGAGUACCCAUCCAAUAUGACAGUCAUCGAACAGGUUACCAUCGAAAUAUGGAUAUGCAAUUACCUGGUAUAAUGACUGGUAACAUGAGACGAGAUGACGACCACAGUAGUAGUAAUGGUGGUGUACAUAUGCUCCAUGAUGUCGUGACACCAGCGUUACGAGUAAAUAGUGAACACAGUAAUAGCUAUAAUAAGAAAACAGAACAGUAUACGGAUAUACCGUUUACACCACCUCCACCGCCAAACCCUGAUGGACCACCAUAUAUACGCUUCUUUUUUGAUGUCAGACUGAAUGAUUUGAGAGCAUCCAUACCAUUGACAUCACCCGAUCUGACGUAUCUGAAUUCGGCAUUGGUGAGACCUGUAGUAGCCUAUAUGAAUGCUAACAAGACCAUAACGCCGAUGGUGUUUGGUGUUCAGAUGGAUUUGACCAAUUUUGAUGGAGCAUGGGACAUAUACGCUGCAGGCCUAGCUGACGUCCUCUCUGAAGAAGUCGGUAGAUGCUUCACUCAUCUCGUUACUGAUGAGCGAGAACGUGCUAAACGAUUAAGGAGAGUCGGUUUAUGGAGUUUACGGUCCGUUAGCAAGAAUAUUGUUACCUUGAGUGAUUACUUGCGAGGCACUAAAGGGUUCCCAGAAUUCGUUGGCAAUCGAGGAGCGCUCUUUGGACAGCCGUGGUAUGGCUGA